AUGGUAGGUAAAAAUUUGCAUAUAUUUGCAUAUAUAGAGCCAAAUUGUUGAGUUGACUAUGUCUUCGCUUUCAUAUAGACAAGCCGUUGCGAUUGUAAAAGUUCCUGCAGUGUGAAAAGAAGAGAAAAUGGGACCCCAGGCUGUCCUUGCAAGGGGAAUAAUGUAGAAUGUUCAGAAGAUUGCAAGUGUGGUACUCGAAAUAAACCUUGCAAGAAUAGGGUAAGUUUAGUAAUGUAUCGUACUUUCAAACGAUUGUACGAACGCCUUAAAUUUGACGAUUUCUUGUACGAUGUUUGUAGGCAAUGCCAGAAAUUUUGGAAAGGGAGCGAGAUAUUGAGAGAAUCAACGCAACCGGAAAAGCUACACGUGCAAAGGGAGCAAAGCAAAGCAGAUCGAAGGGGUUUAAUUUAAGUCACAAGCCGGCUGAGUCAGAGGAAGUGCAGAGGGAAAAAGAACAUAAAGAUGUAAAGGUAUUAAAAAGUGUAAAUUUGGUUCGGAUAAAUUUGGUUUAAAUUAAUUUAAAAUUAUGCACUCGAAUGUGUGUACUAGUGUGUGCUAAAACAGCCUAAAGUAAAAUGUCCUGCUCAAACAUAUUUUCAUGUGAAACUUGUUCUUUGUUCAAUUUGGUAUGCUUAUAUUGGGGUUAUUUAUUGGGAGGGCUUUAUAAUAAUUAAUUUAAAGUCAAUAGUUUGGUUGUUAUAUUGUAUUUUCAACACAUUUCUACUACAUUUCCUUUUACAUGUAAAUGUAAUCCAGAUCUUUUUCAUACUAUUUUAGGAUUUCAUUGGAACAUUAGAUAAUGGGUUAGUCAGGAAGCUGGCUAUUCGAAGUUUACGUAGGGGGAUAGGCAGUAUGGAUUACAUCGAUAGCUUACUAAUUAUGGAGGAUGACCUUGAUGAAAGUGAAAAUGUUGGAGAGUUUGGUCAUACAUCAAUGGAACAAUCACUAACAGACAGUGGAGCAACAACUCAAGCAUCCAGUAACCCUCAGAACCCAGAUCUAGAAGAGGAACCUACCAUGGAUGGUGUUGCAGACUGGUUUGUUUGUGGCAGAUGUCAUCCUAUGCCACAGGAAAUUGAGAAUAAGUGUUGCAAAUUAAAAAAAUGUAUUACACUUUCUUCUCGGUUUACAAAGUUGUGUCUGGACCCAGAUGUGCUAGAAUUGUGCAUUAGGAAUACAAGUGACAUCAGAAAUGACAGAGAAGAUAACAGUACCAGGGCUUUUAGAAAAGCUGCUUAUAGACAAUUCAUUCUUGCUCGUCAUGGUCAUCUUGGUAAAGGAAACAGACGAGUCUGUCCAUCAUGUGUUGUUCUUAAAAUUAGGGAACGGUUUCCUUCUGUCACUGGUGUUUAUAUGGGGUAUAGGGAACACUAGUAUAUAUAUAAUGUAAAUACGCACAAAUUUAUAUAUUGCCUGUCUGCCCAUGUGCCUAGUUUUUAAAACUUAUUAUGUGACAAUGUAUCCUGAUGCACCCUACUUUAACCCAUUAAGGUGCAAUGCACCCUAAUGUGCCCUCUAACGGCAUACAAUUUUACUCGUCAGAGGGAGUACUGGCCCUUAAUGGGUUAACUUGCCUUUCUGGCCAUGUGUCUAGUUGUUAAUUAACCCAUUAAGGUGUAAUGCACCCUGAUGCAUGUAGUUUGGUUUCCACUAUGUCUAACACCAGACGAUUUUACUUGUCAGGGGGAGAACACUGGCCCUUAAUGGGUUAAUUUGGUAUCUUACUUUGCCUAACGCCACACCAUUUUACUCGUGAAUGCAGGGAUGGAUUCAGCAUGAUCUGGUAGGGGGGUGCUCUGGUGCCGACUGCCGAGUUGUGUCGGUCAUGUGUGCCGCCCGCCCAUCAACUACUGUAUUGUGAAUUGUAAUUGUUGUUCACAGUUCACUUAUCAUGUUAUUACUCAUAUUACUGUAUCUCAUUGUCUUUUUUUGCUUUACAUAAAAAUACACCCCCUCUGGCACCCCCAGUAAAUCCAUCCCUGCAUGAAUGGAAGAGCGUUGGUUCUUGAUGUGUUAAUGAACAAUUAAUGGAAAUAUUUUGAUUAUAAAGGGUGACACCACCACAUUAA